UCCAUUGGGAAUUUUAAUUUUUAACGACGAAAAGUUACCUUUUGCUUAUGGCGAUGCAUUGCGUUUUAAUGCUGGAAUUUUAUGGAGUCCAUGAACGGAAUCAUACCUUUGGGCUUCCCUGAAGCUUCAGUCGGUAUUGCUUAUUUUCUUAACGUUGUUUGGCUGUUCAUAGACUGCAAUCUCUUGUCUCUCUGUCUGUUAAAGAUAAUGUUUUGUCAGAUAAUCAGCAUUCUGGCAAACAGAAUCCGGGAGACCCUCCAGAAGAUUUCUGGAACGCCUCAGACAUUGCACAUCUUGCUUGUAUACCAGGCUGCAAGAAAUCUCAUCCUUGCAUUUGACGAUCUCUAUCAAUGGAGGACUCACAUCGAGCACCGGGCACCCUACUACCGAAUACUUGCUCAUGCUUUUUCCUGGUUCUUCUUCUUUUCUUUUCUUUUUCCUUGUCAGAAAUGAAUACCCCAGCAUGCACCCUUUCACGUUUAUACCCUUGGGGCAUGCCUUUCACUUCUUUCGUCUUUCCUUGUUCAUACUUUCACUACAGGAGGUGAUGAUCAUCCCUCUGCUCAUUGUAAUGGGCCAUAGAGCGCGGCAAAGCGGGCGGCGCUUAUGUUUUU